GUCUGCUGCCUAUUGCACCAAAGCCAACAAGCCAUCAGCUGAGUUCUUUUGCAGUCCCCUGGACUCUUUAAAAGCCAGUCAAUGGUGGCUUCUAAGAAUUGCCUUGUAAUGGGGUGCAAGGCUUGUGAGAAGCCAAAGGUUAGUUAUAAGAAAGGGCUGUGGUCACCAGAUGAGGACCAGAGGCUGAGGGACUUUAUCCUUAAGCAUGGCCAUGGUUGCUGGAGUUCAGUUCCUGCCAGAGCUGGCCUGCAACGAAAUGGAAAGAGCUGCAGAUUGAGGUGGAUCAAUUACCUGAGGCCAGGACUAAAGCACAGUGAUUUUACUCCUGAAGAGGAGGGAAUAGUUAUGAAACUUCACACCCUUUUGGGCAAUAAGUGGUCUCAAAUAGCAAUGCAUCUACCAGGAAGAACUGAUAAUGAAGUAAAGAACCAUUGGAACACCCAUCUCAAGAAGAAACUGGUAAAGAUCGAAGGAUCAAGCUCACAUGCCUCCAUGACCAAAUCUCUAGAAUCAGACAGCCAGUGUCCAAAACUGGAAAAAUUAAUAGAUGAGAACAGUAACCAAAUCUCACUUUCAGAAUCCUCAGAUUCAUUGAAAUCAGUGUCCCCAACACCAUGCCGAUCAAUACAUGUUACCAACCAUGCCCCCUUCCCUAAAAUCCUAUUUGCAGAUUGGUUACCAAUGUUCCGUGGCAAUGACCAGAGCUCAUCAGCUCCAGAAUCUGAUAGAGUGAACUGGCAACAGGAAUCGACUCUAAACUCUGAGGUUCUUAGUCCUAAACUUAUGCAGUUUGACACGAUAUUUACUGAAGUUUUCCUUCAUGGAUUUGAAGAUGCAAGCAUCUGUGGAGGAUUUAAGCUACAGUUUGAGCCCGUAGAACAAAUUUUUGGUUUCCAUGAUCAAGCUUACACCGGUUUGGAGCUGAACCAUGACAUGUUUGUUAAUCUGUAGGUGAAGGUCAUAUAUGUUUCAAAAUUCACGAAAUUUUGUAUAUAAGACAUUGCUAUGUAGUUGAUCCUAUUAUGAGGAAGCACUUUUACUUGUUUAUUUCAUUUUUUCUUCACAUGA